UUAGAAAUAAUCCAAAAAAAAUGGAAAAAUGUAUAAAUAAAUAUUCAUGCCCAAAAUACUUCCCAAUCUUUUUUGAAACAAUAGAAAACAUUAACAAAUCUAUUACAAACAAAUUUCUUAUUUUUUUCAAUUUUUUUUAAUUUAAUUUAAAAUAAGGGUGGUUGAGCCGGUUGACCACCAAAACCGGCCACGGCCAGUGGCCAGGUCUGGGCUGACCGGAACGGUGUGCAAAACAGUGCCAAUUACUUAAAAAAGGGGUCAUUUUAUUUCUCUGUCCUGAUAUAUAGUUGUUUUGUCUGCUCUAGCUAUUCAGCAUAAACCCCAUUUCUCGUCUCUGCUUAAAAGGGAAAGUAAAUAUCUCCUCUACUUUGGAAAAUGUCCCUUUGUCCCUCAUUCAUGAACAAUACCCCCUUUUAUCACUUACUCACCAGUAACUCCAUUUCUCUAAUCUACAAUUGUCAUACAUGACCCUUAAUAGUGCUCGGUCCUAAACUUAAAUCCACUUGAACGAUGAUAUUCAUGAUAAUGAGGAGGAAUGUUCAGGUGCGGCUAGCCACCGUUGCUUCAGUUGAAGCACCUUGCCCAUCAUUGGAUCAAUCGGCAGGAUGGUGUCGACUUAGUCUGCUGUUUGGAGCCAUUGAUAAAUGGCUGCGCACAUUGGCAGUUGAUGCUCUAAUGGACAUCAAGAGAGAAUAUGCAUUGAAGGGUUGGUUAGGAGACCCGUGCCUUCCUAAAGGAUACAGUUGGGAUGUGUUAAGUUGCAGCAAUGCACCAUUUCCAAGAAUCAUUUCCUUGAACCUUAAAGGCUAUGAAUUGAUGGGGGAAAUAUUAAGAGCUCUAGGAAACCUCCAAGAAAUCCAAAUACUGUGAGUAGCACUCUGACAUAAUAAAAUCUCCUGAAUCAAAUAAGUAAAUUGUUUGAAUUCAUCUUUAUGAUCAAAGAACUGAAUUGUUUCAAGCCAUCUCCUUACAAAAGGAACUACAAAAUUUAUUUUAAGAAAGCACUACUAUUGACUCCUAUUAAAAUUCAUCAUUAUUAAAACUUUCUAUUGCUCACUGAAUUAUAUAUAGUAUGUUUUAUAAUUAACUAAAUUUAGACAUUUCAAGCUAUCAUCAUACUACACAAUAGCAUGCCUUUAUUCCCCGUCACUUGGGGCUUUCUAGAGGGGCAAUAACCAAUUUGCCCCUCUUUCUAUUAGAAAAGGCCAAAUGGGAAAUGAUUGCCAUUUUUCAGGCGAGGUGAGGUCCGUCUUGUCAAAGGCGAGUGUCCUACAGAUUUGCUGAGAAAGGGGAGUUUCAUGGGUGGCUCCUCCAAAUCUCUCUCUUGCUCUCUU